AUAAGUUUGUCCUCUUCUCUUUAUUGUCAGGGUUGAUGCGAGCAAUCUUUAACCCACCGAGACCUCCGUCCAAAAGACAAACUGAUUCUGAACGGGAGCGGCUUAAUCAACGUAGCCACCGAUCACCGGCUGAACUGUAUUAAUUUAGUAAUCCGUUUUGUUUUUUCUGUUUCGUAAUUUCUAAAACAUUGAUAUGACAUUUACACAGAGAUUAUUUCUUUCAACACCCAAGUUCAACAUAUUAAUCGGUUGAUAGCUCAAUUGCACCGCAAACACCGCCGUAUUAUCUUGGAUAGUCGCUCUGGGCGGAUAGUUGCACACAAUUCACUGGGUAAUUUUUUUAUCUAUUCAGUCCACUAACUAAUCUACUGUCCACAAACUUUAAUUUUGUGACAAACCCAUUUUAUUAAGGGUACAUGAUUUCCUACUGAUGUGUCCAUCAUGUUUCACUACGUAAAUCCACCAUUAUUUGUUUUCUAUCCAGUGCACUAAAUAUUUUACUAAUCACAAACUCUGAUUGUUGGAAAAACCAAUUUAAUUAAGGGUACAUUCCUCCAUUCUGAUGGGUAUCAUAUCAUAUCUCCUAAAAUAUGUUUGGUUAUUACUUGAUGGUGGAUUGACUGUUGAGGUCUACUUUUCCAGAUUUUACUGUUCCAUUCUCACGUUUACGAUCAAAACGAGCACGGCUUAUGCGGUCAAUUGCUUUGUGUCGAAGACGGAGGGUUAAUGCUGUUCAUAGAGGGUUUUGCCGAACUCAUGGUUUGUUUCCGCAUUGUUACUAUCAUUUCUACAUCAGUAAUGCAAGGUUUUGGAAUUGUGUAAUGUAUGUGCAUGUUUUUUUUUGUAGGCUUUCCCGUUGUCGAAGUUUUUACUCUUGGCCAGCCUUCAAGUCUUUGUCAAUAUUGUUCUGCACUUAUGUGGCCACAGGAAAGCACGCUGCAUACCAGAUCCCACAGUAAUCCCGUGUUUCCUUUGUGCUGCAAAGAAGGGAAGGUCAAAUUGCCUCCUAGGCGGGAGCCACCUGAUUUCUUGAAGGAAUUAUUACACUCUUCAACACCAAGGAGUCGCCACUUUCGGGAAGCAAUCCGUAUAUACAAUGCUAUGUUUAGCUUCAUUUCUCUAGGUGGGAAGGUCGAUCGUGGUAUUAAUGCUGGUGGUGGGGUGUAUGUCUACUCUAUAAGUGGUCAGAUUUACCACAAUAUAGGCAGUUUAUUACCCGAAGAAGGCCAACCUCCAAAGUUUGCCCAAUUAUAUAUUCAUGAGUCACGCUCUGAACUUCAGAAUCGGUUACAACUAUUUCCUGCCGAUGACCAUUCCAAUCCAUUGCGUCCAGAAAUUGUUCAAGGAUUGCAAGAUAUGUUAGACAACAACAAUGUUUUGGUCCAGACCUUUCGAAUGGCUAGACAAAGGAUGAAUGAGGCGGGGGUUCAAGAGGUCAAGAUCAAAUUGUUUGCCAACCAUGCACAUGAUGGAAGAGAAUAUGAUCUACCUACGGGGAAUGAUGUAGCAACAUUGAUUGUUGAUGAAACAGGUCAAGAUACAUUUCAGCCAGAUAUUAUUGUUCAGUACAAGUGCUCUAAGCUGGAGAGAAUCAAUUUUCACCAUCCUUCUUUAAUGGCGUUACAAUAUCCACUCCUAUUCCCCUACGGUGAGGAUGGAUGGCAUCCAGGUAUACCCUGUAUUGACGAUGAAGAGAAUCUUUGGAAUGACAAUACUUUGUCUCAAUGUGAUUACUAUGCAUAUCGACUGCAAACCAGAUUUGAUCAGUCAAAUGCAUUACUCCUAACUGGGAAAUUGUUUCAGCAGUAUGUUGUUAACGCAUACGCAUUAGUUGAAGCAGAGCGACUUGAAUGGAUCCGCAAUAACCAAUCCAAGCUUCGUGCCCAUUAUGUUAGUGGGUUGCUCAAUGCAUUUUUGCGUGGUGACUCUGAUCUCGAUUUGACUGGGAAGCAUGUUAUUUUGGCUGCUUCUCAUACAGGUAGUCCACGGUAUAAGUAUGAGAACUUUCAAGAUGCAAUGGCAAUUUGUAGGUGGCUGGGAUACCCAGAUUUAUUCAUAACAUUCACAUGCAAUGCAAAUUGGCCAGAAAUCCAAUUUAUGGUGGACCUGAUCAACUCAGAUGGUCGGAAAGAUAUCAAUAGAUCGGAUAUUAUUGCUAGAGUCUUCAAGCUUAAGUUGCAUCAAUUAAUGUCUGAAAUCAAAGAUAAGAAAUUUUUUGGGCAACAACUGGACGUAACAGCUGCCACCGAAUUAUUCUCCAUCCCCUGUUAAUACAAAAUACAAAUAAUUAAACUCACCCGGCCAAUGGGCCGGGCCUGGUGCUAGUGAUGGAGAUGAUGAUAAUAAUUAUGGCCCCAAUGAUAAUUAUGGCGAUAAUAAUAAUAAUAAUAAUAAUUAUUAUUCUCUAAUUCACUAUUGCACCCACUUGUACCCACUUUUACGUAAUCGUCCAUCUAACAGUUUAUUUCUUUUGGUCAAACCUGAAACCAAAUAUCAGGGUGUUACAAAAAUUAUUAGCCAUGGAUAACCGUGGAUACCCGAAACGCGAACGGAUAUGGGUAUGGUUUUGAUUUUCUACCCGUUUCUUAUGUAGGUAUGGGUAUAGGUAUAACCCAAACUACUUUGGGUAGGGUAACAGAUAUGCACUAUCCGCCCCCGACCCAACCCGACCCAUUGUCAUCCCUACAUACCACAUCAUUUAGUGUACACAUAGAUUAGUUAAAUUGAUUAUUUUAUAUAUUAAAUUUUUAUUGUGACACUUGCCCCACACAUAUAGGACGGAGGGCUCUAUGGGCGUGGCUAUAAUGUACGGUACAGUUAAACUGGCCCGGAUGGACCUAGUCUUGGUCCGGUCUUUUUUGGAAUAUGAGGAUCAAAGAUGAGAUUGGAUAGAGCCCGAUUUUGAACCAAUCCCAAUCUAUCCGGUCCCUGUCCCAGUCCGAUUUUAACGAUAAAACUGGAAAUCUCCCUUCUCCAUAAAACGUGUCCAAUUUUUGCACUCUCUCCCUGACCCAUCACCUACUCUAUCGAUUCUUUUAUUUCAUCACUCUCGCUCCUCCCUCAUAUUCACUCUCUCUUCAUUCUCACUGUCUUUGUUCUCUCAAUCUUCCUUCUCCCUGUAGGCGAGCUCCCUUCCGUCCCCGUAUCUCAUCUCCCGACUCCCACCAAACAUAACCAACGCACCCUUUUUGUCACCACCAGACAACCGCUGUUUGCCCCCACCUCGCAUCGCUGGUCAUCGCAACCAGAACAAAGCUGUGACUGCCCAGAUCGUCUCACCCCGUAGCAAUCAAAGGAUUCGCCGCCUCCUCCACGACAUCGCCCAGCCUCACCGUCGAUCUGUCACGGCCCCUGAGGGAUCUAUCUCCGUUUGUCAGUCUCUGGUUCUAGUUCUCGCCAGUCCUACAACCGCCGCCAUCUAUCAACUCCCUUGUCGCGUCGCGAUCAUCGUGAAUGAGAUACGCCACUGCCAGCUCUACCGGCUUUGCCUCACCUGUUUGUGUUUGUUUUGUUUCAUCAGGAAGAAAAGGACGUAGAUCGGGCGAGGACUAAGGAGAGGAGGAAGUGAAUGGUGCCGCUUUGGCGAGGCGAGAGAGGAAAUUUUUUAGGGAUUGAGUUUCUUUUGGACUUUAGGGGCGGAGAAAGGGAUUUGGAUUGGGGCGGAGGAAGAGUUUUGGGCUCACUUGUGGGCUUGAUUGGGUUAGGUUUAGCUUUGUUGGGCUGGAUCCGGUCUCUAAUCUGGUUUUUGGUAAAAUCGGAUAAGACCGGCCUGAACUGUAGCCAGUUUAACCCCAAAACACAGACUGAAGACUGGACUGGGUUAAUUCCUAUCCGGUAUUGGUCCGGUAUAAACUUGAUUAUACGGUCCGGUCACGAUUAAACCAAAAAGUCUGGACCAAAUAGCCACCCCUACCUGCAACAAUCUCUUCCCCUCUAUAUAUUUUGUAGCAGAAUCGGCUGAGAAUGCAAAAAAACAUAUUCCGAAAAUCCUUUAUUGGAUUUUCUCUAUUUUUCACAUGGUAUUAGAACCUCUUGCCAAUCCUCAUUAGGUUAUGAAGCUCGUCUUAGGGUUUCACAAUGGCAGCGUGACCAACAAUGACCAAGUAGUCUUUGAUGGCGCCACUCCAUCGUUACAAUGACCGCCUGUUGACCCUUAUACGUCAAUCCCAAGAUAUCAUCUCUAUCAAACUUGAUAGAUCUAAUACCAUGUUUGAAGUAUAUCAAUGAGAAUCGUUCUCAAAACCAAGAAGAAACUUGGUUUCAUGAA